AUGGAUGAGGAAAACAUGACGAAAAGCGAGGAGCAGCAGCCUCUGAGUUUGCAAAAAGCCUUACAGCAGUGCGAGUUGGUCCAAAACAUGAUAGACCUGAGCAUCUCCAACCUGGAAGGGCUUAGGACCAAAUGUGCUACCUCCAACGACCUCACACAAAAAGAAAUCCGGACCUUGGAGAGCAAGCUGGUGAAGUACUUCAGCCGGCAACUGUCCUGCAAAAAGAAGGUCGCCCUGCAGGAACGCAACGCUGAGCUGGACGGCUUCCCCCAGCUCCGGCACUGGUUCCGGAUCGUCGACGUGCGGAAGGAAGUCCUUGAGGAGAUCACCCCGGGCCAGCUGAGUCUGGAGGACCUCUUGGAGAUGACAGAUGAGCAGGUGUGUGAGACCGUGGAGAAAUACGGGGCCAACCGGGAGGAGUGUGCCCGCCUCAAUGCCUCCCUCUCCUGCCUCCGGAACGUCCAUAUGUCAGGAGGCAACCUUUCCAAACAAGACUGGGCCAUCCAGUGGCCCACCACGGAGACGGGCAAGGAGAACAACCCGGUGUGCCCCCCGGAACCGACCCCGUGGAUCCGCACCCACCUCUCCCAGAGCCCCAGGGUCCAGUCCAAGUGCGUCCAGCACUACUGUCACGCCAGCCCCACCCUGGGGCCGCCCGUGUACACCCACGUGGACAGGCUCACCGUGGACGCCUACCCGGGCCUGUGCCCGCCCCCGCCGCUGGAGUCCGGGCACCGGUCCCUGCCCCCGUCGCCCCGGCAGCGGCACGCGGUCCGCACCCCGCCGCGCACCCCCAACAUCGUCACCACCGUGACCCCGCCGGGCACGCCGCCCAUGAGGAGGAAGAACAAACUGAAGCCCCCGGGGACCCCGCCGCCCUCCUCCCGGAAGCUGAUCCACCUCAUCCCGGGUUUCACGUCCCUGCAUCGGAGCAAGUCUCACGAAUUCCAGCUGGGUCACCGCGUUGACGAGGCGCACACGCCCAAAGCCAAGAAGAAAAGCAAGCCCUUGAACCUCAAGAUCCACAGCAGCGUGGGCAGCUGUGAGAACAUCCCCUCCCAGCAGCGCUCCCCGCUGCUGUCCGAGCGCUCCCUCCGCUCCUUCUUCGUGGGACAUGCGCCCUUCCUGCCCUCCACCCCUCCCGUGCACUCCGAGGCCAAUUUCUCCGCAAACACACUGUCAGUGCCGCGCUGGUCCCCACAGAUCCCUCGCAGAGACCUCGGCAACUCCAUCAAGCACAGGUUUUCCACCAAGUACUGGAUGUCUCAGACGUGCACAGUCUGUGGGAAAGGAAUGCUUUUUGGCCUCAAGUGUAAAAACUGCAAGUUAAAGUGCCACAACAAAUGCACCAAAGAAGCCCCGCCCUGUCAUCUUCUGAUCAUCCACCGAGGAGACUCAGUCAAUUGCUUUACCCCUACGGAUCCAGCAAGGUUAGUCCGGACAGAGUCCGUCCCGUGUGACAUCAACAACCCUCUACGAAAGCCACCGCGGUAUUCGGACCUGCACAUCAGCCAGACACUCCCCAAAACCAACAAAAUCAACAAGGACCACAUCCCUGUUCCUUACCAGCCGGACUCCAGCAGCAACCCCUCGUCCACGACAUCCUCCACGCCCUCCUCGCCAGCACCCCCACUCCCGCCCAGCGCCACGCCGCCUUCUCCCCUACACCCUUCUCCACAGUGCACAAGGCAGCAGAAGAAUUUCAACCUGCCAGCGUCCCACUACUACAAAUACAGGCAGCAGUUCAUCUUCCCAGAUGUGGUGCCAGUGCCGGAGACGCUGACGCGGGCGCCCCAGGUCAUCCUGCAUCCAGUGACCUCAAAUCCAAUCUUGGAAGGAAAUCCAUUACUUCAAAUUGAAGUGGAGCCAACCUCGGAGAAUGAGGAGGGCCACGACGAGGCCGAGGAGUCGGAGGACGACUUUGAGGAGAUGAACCUGUCCCUCCUCUCGGCCCGGAGCUUCCCACGCAAGGCCAGCCAGACUAGCAUCUUCCUCCAGGAGUGGGACAUCCCCUUCGAGCAGCUGGAAAUUGGCGAGCUCAUUGGGAAGGGCCGCUUCGGGCAGGUGUACCACGGCCGCUGGCAUGGUGAGGUGGCCAUCCGUCUGAUUGACAUCGAGAGGGACAACGAGGAGCAGCUCAAGGCCUUCAAGCGGGAGGUGAUGGCCUACAGGCAGACGCGGCAUGAGAACGUGGUGCUGUUCAUGGGCGCCUGCAUGAGCCCGCCCCACCUGGCCAUCAUCACCAGCCUCUGUAAGGGCCGGACACUCUAUUCUGUGGUGAGAGACGCCAAGAUCGUCUUGGAUGUCAACAAAACAAGACAGAUUGCCCAAGAAAUUGUGAAGGGCAUGGGCUAUCUCCACGCCAAGGGGAUCCUUCACAAGGACCUCAAGUCCAAGAAUGUCUUCUACGACAACGGCAAAGUGGUGAUCACAGACUUUGGGCUCUUCAGCAUUUCCGGAGUGCUGCAGGCUGGCAGGCGUGAUGACAAGCUGCGUAUCCAGAACGGCUGGCUGUGCCACUUGGCCCCAGAGAUCAUCCGCCAGCUGUCUCCCGACACAGAGGAGGACAAGCUCCCCUUCUCCAAACACUCAGACGUCUUUGCACUCGGGACUAUCUGGUAUGAACUCCAUGCCAGGGAGUGGCCUUUCAAGACCCAACCAGCAGAGGCAAUAAUCUGGCAAAUGGGCACAGGCAUGAAACCCAACCUCAGCCAGAUCGGCAUGGGAAAAGAAAUCUCGGACAUUCUUCUCUUCUGCUGGGCCUUUGAACAAGAAGAGAGACCUACCUUCACCAAACUCAUGGACAUGCUGGAGAAACUGCCAAAGCGAAACCGUCGCCUGUCUCACCCUGGACAUUUCUGGAAGUCUGCAGAGUAA